UUUUAAUAAGAAGAAAGAAUACGAAUUAAAUCUGGAAAACCUAAUUCACUUCCUCUUAUAUUCAUCUUCAUCUUCAUCUCUUUGAUUGGACAUGGGUUUCACCAAAGAUGAGUUGCUUGCUCGACUUCAGGAACUGGAGAUCGAUUAUUCCAAGUAUGAGCAUCCUCCUGUUCUAACUGUGGAUGAACAGGCUAAGUAUGUAAGCAGUAGCGAGGGGGCACUAAGUAAGAAUCUCUUCUUCAAGGACAAGAAACAUCGGUAUUACAUCAUCUCAGCCAUGGUAGAUACCAAAGUCGACAUUAAAGUUUUAUCUCAAAGACUCGGUCUGGGUAAAGGAGGUAUAAGAAUGGCUCCUGAAGAAGCACUUUCUGAGCUUUUGCAGGUGUCUCUUGGAUGUGUUACUCCGUUUGCAGUUGUAAAUGAAUCAUCAAGAGAUGUGUCGCUCUUGUUAGACCACAAAUUCAAGAACCAGACACGCUGCAUCUUCCACCCUUUGUCUAACGACGUCUCAAUCUCUCUUACCACAUCGGGUCUAGACAAGUUUCUUCAGUCGAUUGGGAGAGAACCCGUAUACGUUGAUCUUGAGGCUAACCCAGUGGUUGGUAAAGACCAGCCUCCAGAUCUAGCUGUUUAUGUUCCAUCUAAUUCAGUUGAGCUUCCUAACAAAACACCUUCGGCACAAGCUCCUCCUCCCAAGAAUGUGUCAGCAGAGAAGACUAAGCCUGUGGCUUCAGCCAAACCGAGCAAGCCAGCUGGUAAUGUGAAAAGUGUAGUGGAAAAUUCACCUCUAACAGUAUUCAAGAACCCUGAGAAAUUCGUGGAGGAGAUUUUGGACAAGACAUCCACUCUUUUAUUGUCUGAGGCGAAGGGAGAGAAUGUGGAGGCUUUAGUAGAAACACUGAGAAAACGUCUUGCCUCAGAGUUUACCCACCUCGCAGUUAUGUACAAGAACACGGCCUACAGUGAAGGCUUGUACGCCGGUACACAGUGCCAACCAAAGCGACCGUAAGAGGAGUUUCGGUUUGUAUGCUGAACCAUUACCCAUUUUUCAACUUUUUUUCGUUGCACUACAUUUACAGACAAGACUGAGAAAUGAUUUUAUUUAUGUAUGCUCGAAGCAUUGUUGUUUCCUAGUACAAUGUUUUUUUCCUUAGUGUUUCUUCAAUGGAAAAUUACCAGGUUAACCAAAAG